AGCAGGGACCGGAAGCCGUGACCCCGGAAGUUGUUGACGGUCGGCGUGAGGCGGGGAAGAGAGGGAGAUGGAGAUGGGAGUAGACCAACUGGUUGGGAUGGGCCUAGUGGGGUUCAGUCUGUUAAUCUUCACGUACUACACUCUCUGGGUUAUUGUGUUGCCAUUUGUCGACAGUACUCACGUACUGCACAGCUAUUUCCUGCCACGAGAAUACGCCGUCAUUCUGCCUGCCGUCGCGGGCCUGGUCCUGGUUUUAUGUGUGGGAACAUUUAUUGUAGUGGUUAUGUGGAAAAACAAGAAACCUGCAAAGAAAACUGAUUAAACAGGAUUCAAAUGAGAAAAAUUUACAAGGUCAGAGAAUGAAUUAAACAGCGGAUUAAACUGCAGCCGGUGGAUGAAGAAAACAAACUUUUCCACUUUGCUCACGUGUGUGAGGAACAACCGCCAACUAUUGUUUCUUUGACUGUCCACUGUGUUCUAUUAAUCCAUGAUUUCAGUUUGCAGUGAAAUUGGUACCACACAGCGAGCGCCACCUUGUGUUAGUUUACAAUGGCUGCCAAACUACCCCUUGAAGAAUCCAUUUAGCUUCAGAGAACAUUGCAUCAUUUUUUUAUUCAAAUAUUGUUAGGCAAAAAUUACACAACGUAAUAAGAGUAUAACUGGACACGUCAGCAUUGACAGGAGAAACUGAAAUGCUAUUGCCCACUGGCAGAAUGGACCAAAAAAGUUCUUACCACAACUUCUCUGGCUAUAAGUGAUCAUAGAGUUUUAGUCAUGAUCAUGGAUAAAGAUUGGAUUAUUGGGUGUAUUUAUUCUACUUGUGAGGUUCAAUUGCAGAAGGUUGGAAUUGUAUAUUGUUAUGCAAACAAAGUCUAUAUAGGGCUAUUGGAAUCAGUCAUCGAGUGCAAGGCAGUUUCUGUGAGGAUGUCAGUAUUAUUAAACCUGAUUGAAAUGUGGCAUAACUGCUCUACACUGGGAUAAUUCUGGGAAAUACAAAAUGGUUCCGUGUAAACUGACACAAAGGGAAUCUCCUGUUUUGGAAGUUUGCUUUUCUAGUUUGUAUAAGGAAAAAGUGUAAAGACUUGUAAAUAAAUGUAAUGAAUUACUUUCCUUUUUAAAUACGAGCAAUAAAGGGCCUUUUCAAACGAGGCUGUGCAUGUCUUGUGCCUCAUAAAGAAA